AUGUUUGACUUCGCCACUCAGUCUUCCUACCAGAUAACUAUAAGAUGUACGGACUCCAAUGGAGAAUUCAGAGAGGACAAGCUGGAGGUCGACAUUAUCUCAGGGGAUCGCUUAGAGUUUACUCACUCUUCUGUCUUCGCCCCAUAUGCACGCUGCAAGAUACUCGCUGAAAAGUACACCCAGCUUGGUUGUUCCUUUAAAAUAGAUGUCGUGUCUGUGGAUGCUAAAACAGCGACUGCCAAUCAGCUUGUUUAUACAGUUUCAUCACGUGACCUGUUGAAUCACUCACCACUGACGUAUACUCUGAAGUCUGUCCCAAGUACGAGUAGUUUUGCGAUCGACUCAAGUAGCGGACAGGUGAGGACCACCCGAACUUUAUUGGACGAGACGCAAAGUCCUGUAGACCUGUAUAUUUCUGUUACCGAUGGACUUAUCUCUGUCCAAACACUGCUUAGCGUUGAUAUCCUGAAUUUAAACAACCAACCAAACAUUACCAACCUCCCAGCUUCUGUAUCUGUUGAUGAAGACAUCGCAGGAGGCACCGUCAUUUUUACUGUGACAUCACAGGACCUUGACCUCACAGAUUCUUUGACCUACACGUUCACAGUUAGCCCAAUCACUGCUCAAGGACUAUUUUCAUUUGACUCAACAAGUGGGCAGAUUACACUGUCUUCUACAGGAAAAUUAGACUACGAAACUUUGUCUCGCUACAACAUAUCAUUCACGAUAUCCGAUGGAAAGAGCACUAAUGGGCUCUACUUACUGACUGUCAAUGUCGUCAACGUUAACGAGGAUUGUUACUUUGACAGACAAGCCUACUACGUCAGCGUCCUGGAAGGCACGACCGGAAGUCAAUCCUUCAAUCCUAACUUUGUUGUUCGGGAUUAUGACGGAGUACAGCCGUAUUCUCUAUCGUUAGUGAAUGGAAACAACAGUGAGAGAUUUCAUCUCGACAGCACAUCUGGCAUUAUGACGUAUGCUGUGGAUUAUGACGUAGAUCAGAACACCAUGCCCUCCACUGUUCAGCUGACAGUUCGAUGCAUAGAUUCACUUGGCAAAACUGGAACUACUUUACUUAUCAUUACGAUUCGGGACGCAAAUGAUAACGCACCGGUUUUCUCUCAAGGCACUUACACAUUUUAUGCCGAUCAAUAUACGGGUUUAGGAAGCACUAUUGGUCAGAUGCCGGUAACGGACAAAGACGCGGGCAGUAACGCCGAAUUUUCCUGUGGUGGAACUCUGACCAGUAGCGUCGCCCAAACCAACACUUACUAUACGGUGGGCACAGCUUGCGGGGUCUACUUCCUGUCCCGGUCUGGUCUUUCGUACGGAACUGCGAUUCAGUAUCUGGUAACAGCUACAGACAAAGGAACUCCAGCUUUAAGUUCCACCACGACGGUCAAUAUGAUUUAUAUAGAGACCACAACCACCACUACUUCAACCACAACCACCACAGCUGCCACCAGUGGGGCUCUGGACGAUGGAGCCAUUGCUGCCGUUGUGCUUGGAUCUCUUCUCGGUGCUGUUAUCUUGGGAAUCUUGUUGUACUUUUUCAUGAGGUUGUGUUACACCGGUGCGUGUUUAGGAUCUGCGCGUUGUGAUUUCAUGAACUGCUGCAAAAACAGAAGUAAAGCGGGAAAAUACCCAUUGAAGAGGAUCCAAAUUGAUUCUGCUGAAGAGAUGAGUUAUUGGAAAAAUGAGAACAAUGACUACCAAAAAGAAAUCCCACCAAGAUAUGGUAGACGAGAGUAUCCCGAUUUUCCACACGCCUCUGGGUCACAAAUGGACCGGAUCUCUCCAUCUAGCAUUCCUGUCGACUUUGGAUCACGAGGACGGAUAUAUCCAAUCACAAGACCACCACUACCACUUAGUUAUUAUUAAUCCGUACUCAAUUGUUUGGGAUUAGUAUAUACAAUCAUGUUGGUUCACUUUUACAACAUAUUGUGAGGAUUUCACCCCGUAUCGAUCGGGUUUUUUUUUGUGUUUUUGUUUUUUUUGUAUUAUUGCUGUACAUACGUUAUCGAUAGUUCUCAUGUGAUUAAGGAAUUGACUUGCUGCUAUAUAUUAUUGAAUAUCUUACUUGUAUAUUGCUCUACGGAUGAAUUUUCACACGUGUUUAAACAUUACAGCUACUUUCACUUUGAUAUGUCAAUUUCCUGUCGAUUUGGUGUUUACAUUUGACUGUAUGAAGCAUACUGAGGAGUUCCGUAUGUCAGAAUUAUCGAUCUGUUUAAAUGCGGGAAAUAUGAAAGGUUUACCACUGUACAUACGAUGUGUAUUGAUAAAUUUUUUUUUAUUGUAAAUGUUUUAAUGUUCAAUCCUAACUCUUUAUUGUUUCAUUAUGUAAGGACGAGAUUCUACGUUAUUUGGUAUAGAAUUUUAUGUUGAGAGUUUCUGUGUCAAGCGCGUGUCAUAUACAGAUUUCGGUGUUUUUCUGUAUUUUUCUAUGAUUUGCUCGUGUGGAAUAUAGAAUUCUGUAUUUUUUUAGUAUAAAAGGCUGUACUUGCGCAGACUCGCUCUCUUUUGGUUCUGUAUUUGGAAGCGACGUAAGUCGUCUGUUUGUUUUAUUAUUAUUAUUUGAGCAAGAAUAGGAUUUAUUUCUGAAAGAAGUUAUAUGUUAAUUUAAUUAUUUUUGAGUCUCCUCUAUUUUUCUAUUGUUUUGGGUAACUUUAGAAAUCAUUUGGAUUAUUAUUUGUGUUAUAGAGUAAGUUAGUUAUUAAAUUGAUUCUCAUAAGUGUAAUAGAUUUAUCUUAGGGAAUGUUUGGGGGAAAUUCUUCUUUGGGAAUAUAUAAUUGAUUUAUUGCUUAUCUAGAGUAUAGUAAUUCAAUCUGUGACAGAUUUCACAAUUUAACUUGUGAUGUAGAUUCAUUUUAGUAUUGAAUGCAGCAUAGGAUUGUUUUCUUAUUUGAGAUUGAAGUUUGAUAUUUAUUUAAGGCUUAUGGUAGGGUAUUUCUCAAGAGUGAUUGUCCUCCGAGAAAUCUACAGAUUAAAGAUUCUAGUUAUAGCACAUUUUUACUUGUGAGUAAGCUAUUGUUUUCAUUAUGAGUAACUCACGAGAGUGAAUACCCUUGAUAUGAGUAUUUCGUUCAUUAUUCAUAUCUGAUUUUGUCCCGAGAGAUUCCCCUUGAAUGUGUUUUCGGAAGAUGAAUUAUAGAAUUGUUUUAAGUAAUAUUUUCGUGCGCAUGUCGAUCUCGUUUAUUGACUCGUUUGUCAUCCGCUUUUCUUUUAACUGGUUAUUGUGAAUAUUGCACUGAUUGUUUAGCUUCAACGCGAAAGAGUGAAGUCCUCUGGUGUGUUAACUUCAUGUUGCUUAUGUUGAUUAUCUUUGAAAUGAAUAAAUAAUUGACUUUUGAA